GACACGCACAACAACAUUAACUUCAUAAAACAAAUGAAUCACACAUGACAUAAACAUCAGAGCGCGUACACGAGAGGAUCUUUACUCACCUAAUGUCUCUCAGACAUUAAAUCCUGCAAGACUCUUGACAUAUUUACUGCAUAACAAGACUUUUGAAAUGGUUUCAUACAAGAGACUCACCCCUGAGGAGGUUCAUUUCUCAGGAGCCGCAUUGUUGGAUCCGUCGCCUGAUGAGUCGACGGACCCCGAGGUGAAGGAAUUAGACCCUGAACUGCCCCUGCUGCCCCAGAGACCUCGCUGCUCCAUCACCGCUGGCCUUCUGACCCUCGGAGGACUUAUUUUGGUUCUUUCCUGCGUCUGGCUGUUGGGAACUUUAUUCUGGUUGCACAGUCCCCCCUCCACAGACCCUCAUAGACUGCCACCACCCGCCAUGGACCCUGGCAGGGUGCGGGGAAAUGGGACGUGGCUUCAGCCGGAGUCCUGCUCCAAAGUUACUGACGCUUGGAGGUUUGACUGUUAUCCGGAGAGAGGUGUGGUGGUUACAGAGGAGAUGUGCCAUGCUCGAAACUGCUGCUUUAUACCUCGAUCACAGGGUGAGACAUCGGGACGGAACGGUGUGCCGUGGUGUUUCUACACACCUGAUUUUCCAUCCUACGAGUUAGUAUCUGUGAGUGACAAUGAAAUGGGAAUGGUCGGAAAACUGCUGCGGAAGAAAAAGACGUACUACCCAAAAGACAUUGAUACCCUACAGCUUGACGUGAUUUAUGAGGAUGACAACAGGUUGCGUGUAAGGAUUACAGAUCCCACUCAGAAGAGGUAUGAGGUGCCCAUAGAUGUUCCUGUAGUCGAGAAACCAGCAUUAAAUCGGUCUUACAACGUAGAAUUCAUCAAUGAACCUUUUGGGCUGGUUGUCAAGCGAGCCCUCACUGGGACUGUAUUGCUGAAUACAUCCAUAGCUCCUCUCUUCUACGCCGAUCAGUUCCUGCAGAUGUCCACGUUAUUACCAUCACGUUUCAUAUACGGGCUGGGGGAACACCGCUCCAACUUUCUCCAUGACGUCCAGUGGAACACACUCACCAUGUGGGCUCGAGACGUCCCACCAACGGAGCUGACCAACCUCUACGGAGUGCAUCCAUUUUACCUCUCAAUGGAAUCUGAUGGAAAGGCACACGGGUUCUUCAUGCUCAACAGCAACGCCAUGGAUGUGGCCCUGCAGCCCGCCCCCGCCCUCACCUGGCGCAUGAUUGGUGGAAUCUUGGACUUUUACAUGUUCCUUGGCCCAGAUCCGAGCUCUGUGAUUGUUCAAUACCUGGAUGUUAUCGGUAAGCCUGCAAUGCCCAUCUAUUGGGCUCUGGGCUAUCAUCUGUGCAGAUGGGGCUACAAGUCAAGCAACAAAACCUGGGAUGUUGUGAAAGAAAUGAGGAAUUAUGGGAUACCACAGGACGUGCAGUGGAAUGACAUCGACUACAUGGAUCGUGCAUUAGACUUCACUUAUGAGCCUGUGAACUUCUCCAGCUUACCCGACCUCGUGAAAGAUCUUCACAAACAUGACCAGCACUACGUCAUGAUCCUGGAUCCUGGUAUAAGUAGCACUCAGAAGUCUGGCUCCUAUUGGCCGUUUGAUGAGGGGGCUAAAAGGGGUCUUUUCAUCAAUGACUCGAAUGGAAACAUGCUAAUUGGGAAGGUCUGGCCUGGACUCACAGCAUUUCCAGAUUUUUCCAAUCCAGACACGCAUGACUGGUGGUAUGAGAAUCUGAAGAGGUUCCAUGAAAAGGUGCCGUUUGACGGCGUGUGGAUCGACAUGAACGAGCCGUCGAAUUUCUUUGAUGGAUCACAAAAUGGUUGUCCAGAGAAUGAACUGGACAACCCUCCGUACACGCCAGGUAUUCUAGGCGGCACGUUAAAGGCUAAGACUCUGUGUGCAUCAGCAAGACAGAAGAUCUCCUCUCACUACAACAUACACAGUCUGUAUGGACUCAUGGAGGCCAAAGCCACUGAAAGUGCCUUAAGGAAGAUCACAGGGAAACGUCCAUUCGUCAUUUCCCGCUCCACGUUCCCCAGUCAGGGCAGGUACUCGGGUCACUGGCUCGGAGACAACAAGAGCCAAUGGAAAGAUCUGGCCACAUCUAUACCAGGUAUGCUGACGUUUAACAUUCUGGGCAUCCCUCUUAUCGGAGCAGACAUUUGCGGUUUUGGGGGCAGCACCACAGAGGAACUUUGCGUUCGGUGGACCCAGUUAGGGGCUUUCUACCCGUUCACAAGAAAUCACAACUCUAUAGAUGAACAGGAUCAGGAACCAAGUGUGUUCAGUCCGGCAGCUCGUACAGCAAUGAAAGAAGUCAUACUACUGCGAUAUUCCCUUUUCCCACAUCUUUACACGCUUUUCCAUCACGCACACGUCAGUGGACGCACGGUCGCCACGCCACUGCUCUUCCAGUUCCCAACAGAUAUAAAAACAUAUGGAAUAGACAAGCAGUUCCUAUGGGGAAAUAGUUUGCUGGUUACACCCGUGUUGGAGCCAGGUGUGGAAUAUGUUGUGGGGUAUUUCCCAAAAGGCCUCUGGUUUGAUUUCUACACGGGUGACUCAUUGGUUAGCAGUGGGGAGGAGAUCAAACUUCACGCUCCGCUGGAUAAAAUCAACCUGCACCUCAGAGAGGGUUCCAUCAUUCCUACACAGCGACCUAAUACAACGCUGUGGGUGAGCAGUGGUCAACCUCUUCACAUGGUUGUCUCUAUAAGUAAUGAGGGUCUUGCACAGGGGGAUCUGUACUGGGAUGAUGGGGAGACGAUCGAUUCAUAUGAGACCGAUCAAUACGCUUACAUUUAUUUCACAGUCAAACAGAACACAAUGAAGUCAGAAGUGCUGCAUACUCAUGAAGAGGCCACUUUCAUCACAGUGGAAACCGUUUCCUUUUACGGAGUGAAGCUGGAGCCUGAAAACGUGACCGUGAAUUCACACGAGGCGGCGUUUAUGUACCACGACAAUCAGGUGCUGGUCGUAACAGAUUUGGGUCUUAACCUCAGUCAGAACUUCACAAUCAGCUGGGUGUAAAUUUGAUUUUGAAGUCGCAAGCUGCAGUCAUGGACUUCUUUUACUCAUGAACCACCAGCUGCGUAAGAUCUCAGUUGGAACUUGGAGUAUGAAAGUACCUGUUUUUUAAUUAUCAUGUUGUAUUUCUCAGAUGUUCCUGUGCUACAUUAUCUGACAAAUUCAGUGUUACACUCAAUGCAAUACAUUUGAUGCGUUUUUAUCUCUGAUUUAUUGAUGAUAUUGAUUUGGUAAACUGUUUAAAGUUUUGGAGGUGAAAUCUAGAUAAGAGAUAAUAGAGAUAAUCCUCAUUAAAUUAAGUUUGCUGAUAUUAUACAUUUUAUUAUUAUUAACAUGUUUUCUGUUUGAUUGAGUUUGAUCUGCAUACAUUUUCCUCGGAGGGUUCAAAUAAUGUUUUAGAUUUUCUUCUAAAUUACAUAUAUGUAUAUAUUGUUUACGAGCAUAAUUGCACUGUUCAUGACAUUCUGAUGGUACAGUAUAUUGCAGAAAUGCAUGUCUGAUCUAUAGUUGCCAGCCAUUUACUUAUUUCCAUGUGCUGACAGGCUUUCAGUUAAUGUGAAUAUUUUGUUAUUAUUAAGUCAUUUUAAUGCAAAAAUGGAGAUACUACUAAAGUUUGAUUUUGCUGACACAACCACGGAAAAUUAUAGAAGAAUUAUGUAUGAACUGUGUAGUAUUCACUAAGGCUUAAAGAGAAAAUCUGCUGUAUUUUGUAAUUGCUACUACAGUAAUUGCUGUCGAUAUUAGAAUUCAAAGCAUAACAUUGUGCCUUAUAUUUCAUCCAAGCUGUGAUUCAACAUACAGUGUCUUUACUGUGAAUGUAUUAAAACCUUCUGUCCAAAACACUGGACUGCUUUACAACUUUUAUUUAAGUGUUAUGAUGAACUGGAAUUUUAAGGCAGUGACUUGGAUGUAGAAACACCUCUAAGCUUUAUAAGUGUCUGUCUUGAAGUGACCCUGAACUCGAGGAGGUUUAGAGGACAUAGCGGGUUGUGUGCAAUAAAGAUUUUAAGCAUUAA